AUGUCUGGUUCUAUCAUAAAUAUUAAAACAGAAAUUGAUCGUCUCUUUAAGAUUGAAAAAGAGAAGACUGAAUUAUAUUCCUACUUCACUAAGCAUAAAGAUCAGCAAGAUGAUGCGUUGUUAGAUCUUAAUCGUUUUGAUACGAAUGAAAAGAAAUUUACUUAUCUUAGAACUUUCUUGAAGUCUAAUGAUUUUUCUUCUAUGAAGAGAGAUAUUGCUCAUAUUGUCAAAGAAGAAUUGAAUCAUGAAAUUAAGAAACUUUCCAUUAAAAUUGACCGCUUCUUCCAAAGUGAAAAGUCCUGGAAAGUUUUAAGUCCGCCUAAUGGUGACAAUGAUAUUCUAGAAAGUCAAAUACAAGAAUAUUUUAUAUCUGAAUGCCAGGCACUAGAGAAGUUUGGCGCUAUAAACAAUAAACUUAUUAUUAAAGAUACACAUGCUUCGCCAUCACUGGGAACCCAAAAAUCAGAUUUUAUCUUUAUUCAAAAAGGUUCAACCGUAGAUCUAUUUAACGUUGUUGUCGUUGGUAAGAUAAAGUUGCGAGUUGGUGGAAGAUUUAACAACACACAUAUAGGACAAGCAAUAUCUUUCGGUGAAAAAAUACUCCAGCUUCAACCAAAGUGA